AGCUUUUAGUAAAGCUGUUGCUGUCUACAGUCAUCCAUUUGCACUUGAAAAUUAUCCGCCAUCUUCCUUCUCCUACAGUUCCUACAUUAUUCUUCUUCACAUCCAAUUUACUAACUAAACUAUCCAUGAGUAACGUUUGCUUUAGUUAACUUACUCUAGUACUCACUAACAUAUACCGUAGCAACUUCCUUUAGGUACAUUUUGUUCUAGUCAUUCUAAUACAUUAUCCGUUUCUUCUAUAUUCUUCUCGUUUCCCCAUUAUUACUCUAUCCAGCACAACCCUUCCAAAAUAACUUCUUAUAGGCUAAUAUUAAAUAUUCGCCUUCAGUCAAAUAAAAAAUCAUUGUUUUUCAACAGCUCCAAGCAAUCUCCAUUAAAUUUCUAAACAAUUUCCAAAUAUAUACUAUAUAUUUUAUGUAAUAGAGUAUUUUUCUUCAUCCACUAUAAUAUUUUUUGUUCAUCAAUCCCUCUCAUUUAAUCUACUUUUAUAACUUUCCCUUUUCGUUUCCAGUUUCAUCCUGACUUUUUCAAUCUCUAUCAUAAGAUUUCAAAUCUCACGAUCAUUCUCCAAUAUUACCCCACAUGGUUUUCUGUGAUUUUUUAUAAUUAUAUGAUCCUUUUAUAACUCCAUCAUUUGACUACCUAUCAACUAUUGUACGAAUCGGAUAUUUUUCUAUUAUUGCUCUGCCUCCAAUCUUUGCAUUUCCUCCAUAACAUUCUCCAUAUUAAAAAGGUACAGAAUAUCUUACUGGGUAGAAAACUAUCAAAGUUUUUUGAUAUUUACAUUUCUUUAUGCUACUUCUAAUAAUAUUUCAAAUCCACUUCAUGCAUUUCCUUCUGAAAAUUCACACUUCAUUUUAGUGGAAAAUAACUCAUACCAACAUAAUUUAUUCAUUUCCUAUUUAAUCUAUUGAAUCAUCUGACCCUCUAUUAAAUAAUCAACAAAGAAAAUCUAAUAUUCUACUCAUUUCACGUCUCACCAUUUUCCAGAUUUCAUUGAUAACUCCAUCUUUUGGUUCUAGCAGGAAAAUCAUUCCUACUUUUCUCCAUUUUAUAACUCACUCUCAUUAUUACCUGCCAACAAUCUAGGAAAAAUAGUUCAGAUUUCAAUCCAUUUCUUCAGUUUUGAUGCUUCAUACCUUGUCGUUCUCGUAGAUUAAUUAUUCAUAAUUUCCCAUCUUCUAGCGUCUUCUAAUAUUUCAAUACAUUUCUUGGACAGUUUCAUUCUUCAAAUUUCCUUCUGCUAUUUAGUUCUUCGAUCAAUAUUUGCAGUAGCAGAAGCCCAUAGUUCUAUUAUUUAUAUAGCUUUCAUUGGAUAUUUGAAAUAAUAUUAUGCAGUAAUCAAUUCCUUUAUUUACUUACCCCUUUUAUUCCUAUUUCCUAUCUUCAUCCGUAUUCUCUUAUCUAUUUCUCAAUUCUUUAAUGCUGCAUUCAUAACAUAACUUUAUCAUACUCGUAGAAUAUUAUCCAUUCUCUUCCAUCUACUAUCCUUACCGUACCUAAACAUCCCGUCCUUAAGUCUCCUCGGUUUCAAUUCCUCUGCCAUGUUCUCAUCUUCUUCUUCACUUGUGGUAUUCGUGCUGUGCGCGUGUGUGAGCUUCGCCAUGUGCGCGCGUAUCUUGUGUGUGAUCCCCACCAGCAACAAGAGUCACUACUCGACGUUCGAGACGCUGGCAGUGGAGCUAGCACGGCGCGGUCACCAGCUGGUUGUCAUCAAUCACUUCCCUCAGGAGGGUGGUCCAGGCUCCAUCAAGGGUUUAGUGGACGUGGAUACCAGGGGCCAUGUAGUUACAAUGGUGUCGGCCACGGAUGUCCUCUCUAUUGGCUCCAUCCCCUCCAACACCAUCUUCAAUCUGCGCGAUCUUUACGAACUCAUCGAUACAUCGGAAGGCGUUUUCCAGGUACCAGCCGUGGCAAACCUUAUAAACUCGACGGAUUCCACCUUCGAUCUGCUGAUAAUAGAGAUGUUCCACACCGACAUGUUCCUGGGUUUCGUUGACAAAUUCAAAAACGCUCCUCUGAUUGGAUUCUCCUCAGGAAACAUCCCUUCCUGGAUGAACGCCAGAUACGCCAAUCCUGAUAACCCGUCCUACAUACCUUCCUUCCUUUCCGAUUUCACUCCCAGGAUGUCCUUUUUACAGAGAGUGCACAAUACCUUGAUAGUGAUCCUAUCGAAAUUCGUCUACAACGUCUGUUAUCAGUCGAAAUCCGACUUCUAUGCCAGGAAGCAUUUCGGCAACGAUUUGCCACCAGUGUCACUAUUGGCCGAGAAAGCUGCUCUGCUAUUGGUCAACAGUCACUUCAGUCUGUAUGGAGCCAAGCCGUUGGUGCCUAACGUUGUGGAAAUCGGAGGAAUUCAAAUCAGGCCCGUCAAACAACUUCCUCAGGAGCUGCAGUCGUUCAUCGAUGGUGCCGAGCAUGGUGUCAUCUACUUUUGCAUGGGUUCGAUGCUGAAGGCGACAACCAUUCCCGACGACAAACGCGACGCCCUCGUGAAAGUGUUCUCACGGCUGCCGCAGCGGGUGCUCUGGAAGUGGGAGAACGACACCAUGCCUGGCAAGUCCGAUAAUGUCAAAAUUGUCAAAUGGAUGCCACAGCGUGAUAUACUUGAGCACCCGAACGUGAAGCUGUUCAUCUCGCACGGCGGCCUUCUGGGGACGACGGAGGCGGUGCACUGUGGCGUGCCCAUCAUCGGCAUUCCCUUCUAUGGCGACCAGGCCGGCAAUAUCGAAGCGGUAGCCAGUCACGGCGCUGGGCUGCGGCUCGAUUACAACGACAUCAACGAGCACAAUCUCUACGACAAGAUCACCCAAAUACUCAACAACCCACAGUACGCUGAAAACGCGAAAGAACUGUCGAAGAGAUUCAGAGACCGUCCGCAGAGCCCGCUGGAAACGGCCGUCUACUGGACGGAGUACGUCAUCAGACACAAGGGGGCCCCCCACCUGCGAUCCGCCGCUGUCGACCUCACCUGGUACCAGUACCUCCUACUCGAUGUCAUUGCAUUCCUACUCCUGCUAGCAGUCACCGUCAGCCUCCUCUUCUACUACACUCUCAAAUUUCUCAUCAAACGACUGUUCGCAAAGAGUGCACCGACCAACAAAACCGCAAAUAAAAAGGUGAAAAAAUCAUAGAACAACACAAUGAUAAGAGGAAAAGAUCUGCUAGAAAAGAGGUGCAACAAGGAAGAGACUGUAUUGAACUGAGUGAUGAGGCAACAUUGUAGUAAUAGAAACAAUUGGAAGUGUAAAUCAAAGUUAAAAAUUAUGGGACUAUUGAUUGAGCGGAUAAGGCAAAAUUUUACCGUAAUACUAGGAAGGUAAAAACAAUAAUAUAGUUCAAUGCUGGUGAGAGAGAAAGAUCUGCAAGAAAAGAAAAAAGUAAAAAAGGAAAGUGAAAAGUGAAGGAGUGGUACAUACAAAAAAAGGAGGAGGUUAUUGUACAACUAAGUAAGAAGGGCAACAUAUCAAUGGAGUAGGGCCUACUAAUAAAAGCAAUAAGAGAGAAACCUGCCAAAUAAAACAGGAUAAAAAUGCAACAUUUCAAUGAACAAAGGAAUAUGCUACUAAUAGUAAUAAAAACGUGAAAAAAUAUUAGUUUAACAGUAUUGUAAGGAAAAUAUCUACAAUUAGGCUUAAGAGGUGGUGCAACAAGGAAAGGUUUGAAUGAUUAUUGAACAAUUGAAAAUUAUUAAUAAUAAUUAUUGAUUAAUAAUUACGGUAAUCUAAAGCUGCGUUUACACCAAAGUUGACAACAAAAUGUUUACUUCACGUCCUUAUAAAUGCUAUCAGAUUGAACGGAGCUAGGCAAACACACUUCUAAUAUCCUCAUGCACAAACGAGUAAUAAGAUGAAACAAUUCAAUGUUACUCAUAAUAUUCUUGGACAAUUCAGUGAAUAUGGCAACAUCAAUGUAAACAAAAUUAUAUCGACUAGAAGUGUUUUUCGAAAAGUAUACGAUAUAAGAGAUAUAAUAAUAUGAUAGUAGGGCUUGGAGUAGAUCACAAGUGAAAAUUGCAACAAAAAUACUAGACAAAAAUUAAAUUGGAAAAGAAAAAAUAAAUUAUGGAAAAUAAUCGUAUAGAAAAUCAACUACAUAGUGUUUUCAUAUAUCAUAGCCUACCUUUAUCUAUCUACCUUGCUCCAGUAUGUUAUUAGAAAAAACAGUAGAUAAACUACUAUAGGAUUAAAGUAGCAUUUUAAAGCGGAAGGCAUUUUUACAAUCUAAAAUAUUUUACUUCUAUUUGGAUGAUUUUUGCGUUAAUCAUAGCUGCUUUCUCAGAGAGAAAAUAUUUUGAUUCUUAUUUGGUGAUUGUGUCAGUUGAGAAAUAUGAAAUCGUUGGCAGGUUGUUUUGAAAACAUGUCUUAAUCACUAAAAUUGUCAAAAAGAAUAUUUUUUGAUCAAAGAUAGUAAAUCCAAUGAAAUAAUGCAAUCUCAUGUUUUCUUCCAGUUUAUUGUUGAAUUUACUUGGAAUUUGGAUCUCCAUGUAAGGAGAUUUUUCAUUUCCAUUUUUCUUGAGUGUAUUAGAUAGUUGACUCAAAAUAAAUAACAGGACGUUAGUGAAUUGAAAAUGAUAAUUAUUCCAAACGUGAAAUAAGUAGCCUAGUAUUGACAAUUGAACAAAAGUUGGAUUCAAUAAUGCCAUUUGCCAUAAUGAUCAAAUUCUAGAUUAACUGGUUAGUUCUAGUUUUUGUAGAUAGAUUUUAUAGGUCCUUCAAAGUGUAUGACUCCCUUUUUGUAAACUGUAUUUUUUCAACUCGUUCAAUAAAGUUUGUAAGUUAUA